AUGAGCUAUCCCGACGAGACGCUAACAGACACUCCUGACCAGUUUUCGGCAGACGAUGAAGCGCUGUUCGAUAUCGUCUUCGAAGCAGUAGAUCCUACCUUUUCCGGCUACUGGGAUCGAAUGACUAUCGAACAGAUUCGAGAUAUGCCAGAUGAUGAAUUCGGAAGGAGAUUGAGAGAGUGGCAAGAGCUCACCGAGGCGAGUGGUCUAGAUGACGGUAGUAUCGCAAUGGACAGUGGCUCUCGUGCUUUUUGGGACGGAUUGACCAUCGACGAGCUUCAAAAUAUGUCUGAUGAUGAAUUCGGAAGGAGAUUGAGAGGGCGGCAAGAGCUCACCGAGGCCGGUGGUCUAGGUGACGGUAGUAUCGCAAUGGACAGUGGCUCUCGUGCUUUUCUCGAAAAGCCACUCGACGAGCUGACUGAGGCCUCGUCUGGCUCCAAGGCAAUUGAGCCAAAGUUCAUUAGGUGGGUGAAAGCUGACCUGAUUACCAAACCACCAGCUACCUUUAACCUCUGA